AACGAUUACUUUCAGGAGUUGGAAGAAAAGUCAAAUGCUCUCCAAAAUCAGUGCCCUGAAAUCAAAUGGCAUUACAUUGGCAAAAUCCAAUCCAAUAAGAUAGGCAAGAUAUGCUCAUCGCCCUCUCUGUAUUGCGUUGAAACUAUCGAGUCGGCAAAACACUGUGAUCUGUUCAACCGAGAAAUGGAGAAAAGGCAAAACGUGCUUGAUGUUUUGGUGCAGGUAAACACAAGCGCAGAAGAUCAAAAAGGAGGUGGGUUGUCGAUAGAGGAUGCUCCCGAUCUUGCUUGUUAUAUAGCCGAUCACUGUUCUAGCUUACGCUUUGCUGGUUUUAUGACCAUUGGCUCUUUUGACCACAGCCAUGUUGUUCCGAAUCCUGACUUUGAUCGCCUGUAUCAAGUCAGGGAAGCAUGGGCGAAGAGAGUGUCGCGUUCUCCUGAUGAGGUGGAACUUUCUAUGGGUAUGUCCGACGACUUCGAGACUGCGAUUGCCCAAGGGAGCACGAGCAUCUGUCGUCUCCAACGAAGUAGGUCACUCAUGCCGUUCGUCAAAACAGACUUCUCAAUUCCUCUUAGUGAGCUCAGGCGCGAGUCUGCUCCAAGCAAAACUCAGGAGAUCGGUGGAAACAAUUUUAGACCAGUGUGCCUGAAAUGUCGCGUUUUCGAAGGCCCUCCAGGUUCUGCCUACGCGGAAUUCGGCGGUACUAAAGUGCUCGCAAGAGUCUAUGGUCCCACCGAUGAUCCCAACGGUGACUCAAACGCAGCAUCCCUGUCGCUUAAAAUGAAAGGUCUUCCUAAUACGAAUCGAAUUGCGUCACAAGUUCUAUCAGUCAUCAAGACAUGUGUAAUGGUUCACAAAUACAGCCAAUGCUGCUUUGAUAUCGAGGUCACGGUGUUGAGCGACGAUGGUGGGUUGUUACAGUGUGCCCUGAUGGCAGCUACACUCGCUCUGGCAGAUGCAGAAGUCCUGGUGUUGGAUGUCGUGGUAGCUGCGCACGUGGCACGUAUUCCUUCUGGUGAGUGGAUUGUGGAUCCCACUUCUGAGCAGAUUGUUAGUGGUACUUCAGAGUGCACGUUAGCCUUGAUGCCAAAUCAAAAUCAGCCAAGUGAAGUUGAUAUUCAGGUGUUGGAUGUCGUGGUAGCUGCGCACGUGGCACGUAUUCCUUCUGGUGAGUGGAUUGUGGAUCCCACUUCUGAGCAGAUUGUUAGUGGUACUUCAGAGUGCACGUUAGCCUUGAUGCCAAAUCAAAAUCAGAUAGUUUGCUGUGAUAUACGAGGGGGCCACCUAACAAGUUCACAAAUAGACGAGUUCAUUACGUUUGCUACGGACAAAGCAAUGAAGCUUUAUCCGGUCUUGCGGAAAGCUUUACUGAAUACGCUGUCUGUAGAGGAUGCAAGUAGUUGUUAA